AUGGAUGAAAUCAGUACCGAAUCGAACAAUUCUCAUGUGGUGGCAUCAAAGAUCCAGGAGGACAAUGAUGCCAUCGCCCUCGCGAAGAUCACAGGCUACGAACAGCAGAUGGUCAGACGAUGGAGUCUGCAAAAGGUCAUCGGCAUGGGCCUCGGGUUGGCUUCGACCUGGGCAUUUGCGGGUGCAGGUCUCACACUGGUGAUUGCUGAAGGCGGACCAGCAGCUGCGCUGUAUGGUUUCCUCUUUGUGUCAGCCUUUACCUUUUGUGUGGCGGCGUCGAUUGCCGAGCUGAUUUCUGCCUAUCCCACUUCGGGUGGACCCUUUUACUGGACGGCUCGAGUCGCCUCUCCGAAAUAUGCGCGUUUCCUGUCCAUGUUGACCGGCACGGCCAACUGCAUGUCCUGGAUCUGUGCCUGUGCCAGCGUUGCCAGCACGAAUGCGCAGCAGAUCUUCGGCUUUGUGGUCAUCACGCAUCCCAGCUUUAAGAUUGAACGCUGGAUGCUGUACCUCUUGUAUCUGUUCUUCAUGGUGGCCGGCAUGCUCUUCACCAUGUUUGCCUACCCGCUUGUGCCCAUCGUCAACAAGUGGCUAAUCUACUGGAGCCAAACGGCCAUGAUGGUGAGCAUCAUCAUCAUGCUGGCCAGCUCCAGAGGCCAUUUUGCCGCCAGCCACUUUGUCUGGGCAGAAUACAUCAACCAGACCGGGUGGGACAAUGUGCUCUGUUUCCUGACCGGUUUGAUCAACAGCGGUUUUCAAUACGGCCAUCUGGACGCGUCCGUUCACAUUGCCGAAGAGGCCAGCCGGCCCGAAAAGAACAUCCCCAUAGCCAUCGCCGCUCAGAUGGCCGUCUCAUUCCCGCAGGGAUUCAUUUUCCAGGUCGUUAUGUUUUACUGCAUCAAGGAUCUUGACAAAAUCAUGUCCGCGACCAUUCCGGACGCCGAACUUUUCUUGCAAGCGGCCGGUUCUCAAGCAGGCGCCAUCGUCAUCCAACUAAUGGUCGUCAGCGUUCUCAUCUGCGUGAACCUAGAGGUUCAGACCACGGCAUCGCGCCUGGUCUGGUCCUUUGCUCGCGACCGAGCCUUCCCAUUCUCCGACUGGCUAGCAGUCAUUCACCCAAAGUUAUUGGUCCCCGUCAACGCGCAAAUUGUCGUCAACUGCAUCGUCUUUCUCCUAGGAUUCCUCUAUCUAUUUGCUGGCCAGGCCUACAGCGCCCUGGUCGGAUCGUCCUUCAUCUUGGCAUACCUCGCCUACUUUAUCCCUAUCGCAUGCUUGGUCGUUAGCGGUCGCAAGUUCAAACCCGGCCCGUUUUAUAUGCGGAAAUGGGGCGUGGUUGUCAACAUUCUUUCCCUGGGCUGGCUGUUGAUCGGCAUCGUGUUCUGGCAAUUCCCGUUCUUCCUUCCUGUCGUCGGCCAUGUGGCGGCCAAUAUGAACUGGACCGUCGUGGUUGUCGGAGGUAUUCUACUACUGGCGACCAUUUGGUACUUCGCCGCUGGAUCCAAGCAAUACAAUAUCUCCAUCGGAUCCGACAACGACGCCGCUGUUCUCGAAGGAUCGCAGCCAUCAGAACAAAGUAACGAGCCUGUCUCAGUGCAGGAGACGAAGGCUUGA